AUGUCCUAUCGACAGCAGCGCGUCGUCGCGUUCCACGUGGCACACGUGUCCAGUGCCAACGUCCACACCAGCAGCGAAUGUCCGAUGUCGCCGACGAGUCGUUGCUACUCCGAGGGUCGACACCCUGUCGUGGCCGACAACUGCUGCUUGCGGGUGAACCGGUGCUCCAGACCAGUUCGGAUGGGUUGUGAAACCGUAGAUCGUCGUCACGUCGUAGAACCGGAGAAAAUGGUGGUGUUCGAGGACGAAUCCUCCUCGCCGGGGCUGCGUUCACCCAAGUUCGCACCCUCACCACUAAACAUAUCGUACCGGGGCUGGUGGACGUACCCGUACUACUCCUGCACCCACAAGCGCUGGAUCCUGUCGUACAGCGUCGCGAUACCACCGAUGGGAAGGCACGGAUUGCGUGGCUUCCUGAGCAUCGACAUCGACAUCUCGGAUCUGCAGGUCAACCAGUGUGACAACGCGAACAAGCUGGAAAUCAUGAGCUACAACUACCACCUUAGACAAUACUAUCCGUUCGUGCGGAACAUCAAGCUCAGCGAGGAGAACGAGCAGCUGAACCAGAUCGAGGCGUUCCACGGGUCGCACAAGUGUCACGUGCACAGCAUGAGGUGCGUGUAUCGGCCGGUCAGCGUUACGGCGGCGGCCAUCAACAUGAACUACAAUCACUACAGCAACACGAGCAGCUUUACGAACGCCACCGGGGGAAGUGGCGCGGCCAUGAUCAGCAAGAGCCUUCGGAUCAUUCAGGGCUGGACGCGGGGAGCGUACGAGUGCAAGUGCCGGGACGGGUUCUACUCGUUGCCACAUCCGCAGGGCUUCAACGGGAGCAUAAUGGAGGUGGCCUUCCAGGAGUACCGGGACAACAUCAGUUCCUACUACAUGGACGUGUUCGUGUGUGUCCGGUGUGCGCCGGGGUGUGCCACCUGUACGGGGCCGGAACCGUGCCUGGCCAGUUACAACUGGGUGUUCAGGACGACCCUGCUCACCUUUUCGGUGAUGUGCGCGGGCUUCACCGUAGUUCUGGUGCUGUACAUGUACCAGCAUCGCAAGGUCAAGGUGUUCAAGGUGGCCAGUCCGAUCUUCCUCACCAUCACCCUGCUGGGUUGUGCCUUCAUGUACCUGGAGAUGGCGGCCAUCUUCCCGAUCCUGGACACGUACUCGUGCAUCGCCACCAAGUGGACCCGCCACAUGGGCUUCUGUGUGACCUACACGGCGCUGCUCAUGAAGACCUGGCGCGUCUCGCUGACUUACCGCGUCAAGUCGGCCCACAAGGUCAAGCUGACCGACAAGCAGCUGCUCCAGUGGAUGGUUCCGAUUCUGCUCGUGAUGCUCAUCUAUCUGGGCACGUGGACACUGUCCGCACCACCGACGGCCGAGAAGAUCGUCGACCAGAACGGACUAAUAUUUAAACAAUGCUCGUACAACUGGUGGGACCACAGUCUGGCCAUCGGCGAGGUUCUGUUCCUGGCGUGGGGCAUCCGCGUCUGCUACAACGUCCGCAACGCCGAAUCCCUGUACAACGAGGCCCGGCUCAUCUCGUACGCCAUCUACAAUAUCGCGCUCGUUAACACCACCAUGGUUGCGUUCCAUUUAUUCUUCUUCCCCCAGGCCGGCCCCGACAUCAAAUAUCUGCUGGGCUUCUUGCGAACCCAGCUCAGCACAUCCGUCACGAUAGCGCUGGUCUUUGGGCCGAAAGUGCUGCGAAUUUUGCGCGGCCAAGGUGACCAGUGGGAUCAGCGGGCCCGCAAGCGUGGCAUUACGGCGUCCUUUUCGCUCAACGGCAUCGGGCUGGUGCCGGAGGAAACCGCCGACCUGUACCAGGAAAACGAGGAACUGAAAGAAGAGAUUCAGAAACUCGCUGCUCAAAUUGAAUUCAUGAAGAUUGUUCACAUGGAGAUGAACAAUCGCCACCUGAAGCCAAAGCCGGGCAGUUACUUCACGCUGAAGAGCCCCCUCGGCAAAAGUAUUGGGGCUGGGGGGCUGCACUCGUCCCACCGGUACAAACACACGCCGAAGGAGGACUCGCUGAAGGAGAACAGCGGCGUCAUCACCGAGGACGGACACAGCGGGGGCACCAACAGCUGCUACUCCGGGACGGCCAAUUCGAUUGGCUUCCCAUCAACAACUACAACAACGCACAUCGGUCAGCAGCAGCAGCAAACGCUCCAGCAAGUCCCGCCACAAUCCAACGGAACCGAAAGGGUAUGACAUGGCUACCGAGGUGGAUCACCAGCAACAGCAACUGCAUCGCCAUCAGCAUCCGUCGUAGUUGUCUUCGAAACCCCUCCCGCAACCCCACCCCAGCGUGGCCACUGGCCGUCCCCAUCCCCGUCAACGACCCCCACGUGUACGACCACCGACAGUAGCAACCGCAACGAUGGCGUCAACAUGAAUUACAGUCUCGGAAGGAAGAAGCAAAAGGUCGACGAGCAGCAGCAGCAUUACAGCAACAACAACAACAACCACUCUAAACUGUCAACAACAGUAACAACAUCGUCAACGGACAGAACCAACAACAACAACAACAACUUAAACGACGACGAGUUACGGGAACCGGGACAGCAGCAACAGAUUGAAAUCGUCCCGUCAACGACGGUGACGUCUUCUUCGUCACGCUCGGCGGACCAGCACCAGGAACCACAGGAACAGCGCUACAAUCGGAUAAAUAAUAACCAUGUAAUUGCUGGUGUUGGCGCUGGUCCGGUGGAAUGUCCCCGUGGAGAAACAGUCGAAUCUGUUGCUUGCGGUGAUGAAUGUGAUGCAGCAACAGCAACAGUAAUAGACGUGAGCAUAAGUGGUGGUCCUUGCCCAAGUCCGGCGGAAGUUCCUACCCCUACCAAUGACGGUGGCCAUGAA